CUUUUAAGAUCGGAAAUUCCGAUUUUCUGUAACUAUUAUCCGAAAUAUAACCACUAAACAUGGCGUCCAUAGGACUGAGAAACUUUUACAGAUUUCUUCGUAAUGCAUGGGAUAAGGAGCCUAUUAUUGUUGUAUCCGUAGUAUUUGGAGCAGUAGGCAUGACUAGCAUGUUGGCAAGUCCAUACACAUACAAACAAGCUGACGAGAUGGAUAAUUGGCCAACUAUGUAUAAUUUCUAUAACCUGCCUACAGAACCUUCUCGUGUCUAUGAAAAAAUGUCUGUCCAUCCUUCCGAACAGCCAACGUGGAAAGUUGAGUAAAUAUUGGAUAGUUCCAAAUGGUUGCUUUAAAAUUUGUAUCAUAUAUAGUUAGUAAGAACAAACAAACGUAAACAAAAGAUACUCUCUUUUUUACA